UUUUUGCACUAAACAAACAUCGCCCGUUCAUUGAGCAUCUUUUCAUCACGGUGAUCUGUUAGCUUCAGCUUCCUUUAACCUGCUCCAGGUACUAGUAACCCUUCCCAGUACAAUCGAAGAUGGAAGUGAGCAGCGAAACGGGAUACUUCCACAAGUACGCCCGCCAGUUCCGCCGUGCGCUCGGUGAGCGAGAGUUCGAACAGUUCGCCAGUCUCGUCACAGAUCUCGAACGGUUCCGCUUCAUCAACGAGCGGAAAUGGAGAGCGGUCAACGAUUUACCGCUCGAGCGAACACACAACGUUGGAAAGUGCUUGGAAAGUGCACUGAAACUGCAAGCGGAUGGUGUGCAGCUACAGAACGGUGACGAUUGGGUCGGUGCCUUGCGAGCCUACAAUCAAUCCUAUCUGCUGCUUCCGGAAGAUUGUCCUCACGAAAAGGCACUCCUGCUGGAUAAACGAUCACAGGUCCUGCUGCAGCUAGGCAAGCACGAUCAAUCGUUGGAGGAUAUAGAUCGUGCCAUCGGCUACGGUUAUCCAGUGGAGCUUCUGCAUGAGCUGUGGGAACGCAAGGCACGACUAUACCAGCAAAAGCGCGAUCUCAAGUCCGCCGUCGAGUGUUUCGAUAAAACCGUCGACUGUCUAGCCGACUCGCAGCUUGGCGAGGACGAUCGAAGCGUUCGAAUCGAAGAACUUCGAAAGGAAACCGACAUCGUGUACUUCCAGUACAAAAAUGUGAAGAAAUACUUGGAACCACCGCGAGGAACUCGUGUCUUUCAUCCACAUCUCGAUGAUGCCGUUCGGUAUGAUAGCAACGAGACCGAUGGCCGGUAUGCUACGGCACAGAAAAACCUGAAACCGAAUCAACAGAUACUAAAAGAGAAGCCACAUGUUGCCUCGCUGGUACAGGAGUACAGCGGCACUCACUGUAGUACCUGCUUUCAACGGAUCGAAAUUCUGUUCUGUUGCCCAAACUGUGUCGAUGUUGUGUUCUGUUCGGGACGCUGUGAGAAAAUGGCCACCCAAAGCUACCACCGGUACGAGUGUGGAUUUUUGCGAUCACUCUGGAGUUCCGGUGCGACGAUCGUUAGCUUGUUGGCGCUGCGUAUCGUUACCCAGAAACCAUGCUCCUACUUUGAAGCGAUCCGUGACGAGUUGCCGAAUUUAACGCCCAAUUUUACGGAUAAAUUAGCGAGUGAUGACUACCGGAAGGUGUUCAAUCUGGUAACACAUUCCGACAAGCGCGAUCCGGAGGAUUAUCUCGUUUGGACGCUUAUGGCUACGAUGCUGAAUACCGUUCUACGCCAAGGGAACUACACAAACACCACGCAGCCAGAUGAUGGCUUCUUUGGGUAUUUGUUGCUGCACAAUUUGCAAAUCGUCAACUACAGUGCCCACGAUGUGGCAGAAUUGCAACGGAAGCGACCGAAUGAAGCUGGCAAAUCGGUCGCAAUCGGUGCGGCACUCUAUCCGCUGCUGGCGCUCUUCAAUCACUCCUGUGAUCCAGGGAUUGUGCGGUAUUUCUCCGGCACUACGGUACACGUGCGAACGAUCAAGAAUAUCGCGGCCGGCCAGAUAAUAGCGGAAAACUAUGGACCACUGUUUACGAAGAUGAAGCGCACCGAGCGCCGCCGGUCACUGGCGGCCAAUUACAAGUUCGAGUGUAACUGUGACGCCUGCAGGGAGGAAUGGCAGUUGUACGAGUACAUGGACGAGUCGGUGAUACGGUUCCGGUGUACGGCGCCCGCUUGCCCCGGAGCAGUCCUGUUCGAGCUGACCUCGGAGUGCUACGGUAUGCAGUGUGACGUCUGUGACCAAUUGGUUGACAUCAGGGAGCGCAUUCGGUUGCUCCAGGAAGCAAACAUGCUAAGCCGUUUCAACGAGGCAUCACAUCUGUACACGAGUGGGCUGUUCGAGCAUGCACUCUCCAAGUAUGCGGCCAUCAUGGGCAUCAUGGAUCUGAUACUGGUACCACCGUACCGGGAUUAUCAUCUGUGCCAGCAAGGAAUGCGACGCUGCUGUCUCGAUCUCGGCAGCUGCUACGUGGAGUGUCCAAGCAGUGGCAAAUGAAUCAAUGAAUGGAAAUAAAGAAGAACGGAAUCUUUGGAAUUUCUGGA